GAGAACUUCCUGAAAGCCACAAUCGAUGUACAACAUGUAGCAGGUGGAGACAGGGACGUGUUCCACCUUCUUUAUAAUAACUCUGAACUUCUGAAUCAAACUGUGACUUGGGUGCAUUUAGAAUAAUCAACAAAGAGAGCUUGGGAGAAAAUCACAACAUCUGCCCCAGCAUGCUGACUUUUGUUAAAGUUUGUUGACCUACCACUCUUUUGAGUGUGUGCCCAGCAAUGGAUUCCUUGUUCCAGUGGACGAGAGCAAUGCUAAUACUGACUUUCCUAAAGACGCCCUGCUUGAUAAGAGGUGAAUAUAAAAUCAUUCCCCAUGAGUCUCCAGUGAUUGGGGUCAUUGGAGAAGACAUUAUCCUUCCCUGCCAGGUGAUAGCUGCAAAUAUCCCUGAGAACAUCAGUGUCCAUUGGCGACUGGUUACACUCCAGGAAAAUAGAGAUGUGAGCUCUUACAACAGAGGAAACAAAGAGGAAAAGGAAGAUCUGAGAUACCAAGGCCGCACAGAGUUCUUUCCCCAUGAAAUGAACAUGGGUAACAUGUCUCUAAAGCUGAAGAAUGUGCAGGUCUUUGACAUAGGGAAUUACAUGUGCCGAGUGGUUUCUGAGAACUGGUAUGAUGAGACCGAGAUGGAAAUGCAGGUAACAGCUAGGGGUGGUGAAUCUUCUAUUUUCCUGGAGCACUAUGCAGGACAGGGGAUCAAUCUUGCCUGCAGGACUGAGGGAUGGUUCCCGGAGCCCCGGGUGCUCUGGCUAGCCAGUAAAGGAGAAAACCGAACAGAAAAGAAGACCACCAUCUAUACAAAGUCACCUGCUGGUACCUACAACAUUGAAAGUUCCAUUCACAUAGAACCAGGGUCAAAUAAUGAAGUUUCCUGCAAAAUAAUCAACAAUGUCCUAAAUUCAUCCAGUGAAUCCAGAGUUCUGAUUUCAGAUGUUUUCUUCCCUACCAUGUCCCCUUGGAUGACUGCUUUCCUGGUCUUUUUAUUUCUUAGCAUAAUUGUUAUUAUGGCUGUAGGGUAUAAAUUGAAAAAAAAUAAUGACACAACAUCUCACUCAGUAAAUGAAAAGAAAAAAAUGGAAGAAGAAAAAGAACGUCUGCUCAAUGCACUAGAGACAAAUAAAAGGACAGAUGCAAUAGCAAUUCAAGACAUACAAGAAAACAUUGACCUACUCUCAAGAGAGCUGGAUUUCAGAAGAGCUCAGAGCUAUGCAGUUCCCAUCACUCUGGACCCGGGUUGCAAACACCCAGAGCUCAGACUGUCAGAGGAUCAGAGAAGAGUCUGGCAUGAAGCUGCAUCUCCAGAGCCAGCUGCAGCCUCCAGGGCCCUGCUUGUGGUGGGGAGGGAGGGGUUUGCAUCUGGCAGGAAGUACUGGGAGGUGGAGGUGGGGGGCAAAGGGGACUGGGAGCUGGGAGUGCUGAGUCAGGCUGUGAGGGAGACAGUGAAAAGAGAGAAGGCAGCGACACUGCUUGCGGAGGGAUACUGGUCUCUGCAGAGAUCCCAGGGAGACCUUUUUUCAAGACCAGAAGAUAAAAAGAUAGAAAAGAAGGAUGCACCCUAUGCAGUGAUUGGGGUAUUUCUGGAUCAGGAAGAGGGAAGAAUCUCAUUUUAUGAGGCAGGGGUGAUGUUCCACAUUGUAACUAUCCCUGCAGAGUUUACUGAGAAAUGUUUGUAUUACCCAUUCCUCAGUCCUGGGAACAGCACAGGAGAGCAGAGACCGCUCACAAUCCUCCCUGUCAGAGUCCCUGUCCCUUUACAGCCUCUGAAAAAGGAAAAAUGAGAUCCAGUUAAUGUGGAGAAUUACAAUUCCCAACAGAGGGGAGAAGGGAAUGUUGAUCUGUGAAACGUCAGAAACAGCAAAAGAAGCCAAGUGGAAAAUGAAAGUUAAUACAAGGGAGAAAACAGAGGGAGAAGAGAUGGAAAUGCUGGUCAUUGGCAGGAAGACUCCAAAGUUGAAAUAAAUAAAUAACUCUGAAAGGAA